AUGGAAGAUGGAUGGAGGAGGACGAAUCCGUGGAGGGGCAUCGGUUCGCUUCCGCUUCCUGUUUGGUCUCCAACGUCUGGCGCAACACCAAAAAUUCUGACCUUUCCAAUUGCAACUUCAACAAACCUUCUCACGACCUCUCAACUUCUCCUCGACAGGAACUUCAUCAACGGGACCGGUGCCCUGUUCGGAUACUUCACGAUGCCUCCUCCGCGGCUACGGCCAACCAGUCUUCUUUCAGGGAGCUCUAAUCUCACUCGUAGCUUCCUCGUCCCUCCACCUGCUAUCAGUCGUCGCUCUCUUUUCACUGUCCCGGUGCUGGAAGGUGUGAAUACCAAGCUUGAAUCUGGUAUCGCACCGGUCUAUUCUCCUCAUCAAUUUCAAAUCGCUUGGAAGGAAUACCAAACCCACCUCAUUGACCGUUUAAACCUGGUCACAGCUGGAACACACCUACAAAAUCAGCAUCCUCUCCAAGUCGCCAUUCUCACAUCCCGUGACUCGGACCAAGCAGCUACUUUCAACUAUGCUUCUAUGGCUCAUAACAAUCAUUUCUUCUUCCAAUCUUUGAGCACCAGUCCCACUCGUCCGGAGUCAAUGUCGGUACUCAUGCUCACCAUUAACGAAUCGUUCGGCCAUAUCAAUAUCUUGAAGGAAUCGUUCAUUGCAACUGCAUUGGCUUGUUUUUCCAAUGCAUUCGUCUGGCUUGUUCUCGACCAUCAUGAUAGGAAACUCAAGAUCCUAACUACUUAUAACUCCGGGACUCCAUACGGUCUCUCCCACCGUCGUCAGUCCGUCGACGUAAACACCACCACUCGUCCUCAUCAAGAUCCAAAUACUUUCCCAUCAUCCUUACAAACAUCGGACUACUCGAACACCAGCGAUAACUAUACCCGUGCGCUUGCCGAGGCUCCGUUGAAUGAAGAGGCUGCAGGAAGGGAGGGUGGCUAUUCACCGCUUUUGUGUGUGAAUGUCUGGGAACAUGCUUGGCUUGUAGAUUAUGGGUUCGAUAAGAAGGAGGAUUUCUUGAAUAAUUGGUGGGAGGCUGUGGACUGGGGUGUCGUGUGGAAUAGACUUGAGCCCCAUGGCUAUGGAAGAAAGCCGGAUAGGCAGAUGCAUGGUGGCCCGGCACCUGUGAGGGACGAUAGUGGUGGGGAUGCAGGGGGCACAAGAUUGGCAGAUGAGGUUGCAAGACGGACCGGCUCAAGAUAG